GUAAUGACAACGCUGAAAUUGAUACGGCAAAGCCGCAAAGCGGGCAAACCGCAAAACACUCGACGACGAGCGUCGUCGUCAAAGAAAAGCCUUGAUGAAAGAACACAUGCAGUGAUAAUUUUCAGGAACCUCUGUAGUGCGAGUCACUGUGGAAAUCAUUUUGCACUAUGAGUGGCGGAAAGUCCUCUUCGUACGCUAUGUCUGUGAAAAUGAUAUUUGAAGCAGGUACUAAAUUGGAAGCGAAGCCACAGACAUCUGCCACAGCUGCUACAUAUUUUCAUAGGUUCUUUCAGGAAUGCCGUCACGAAGAUUACGACUUCUGUCUAGUUGCGGCAACUGCAAUGUACCUGGCUGGAAAAGUGGAGGAAGAUCACCUGAAAAUCCGUGAUGUGAUCAACGUUUUCCACAAAUGUGUCUACCCAAAGUCAGAUCCACUUCCUCUAGGAGAUGAGUACUGGUGCCUGCGGGAUGCCAUUGUGCACUGCGAGCUUCUAAUGCUCCGGGUCCUCCAGUUCAGGGUGUCUGUUGAUCAUCCACACAGGUACCUGCUCCACUACCUGUGGUCCCUGACGGACUGGUUGGGACCAGCAACUGUACGAAGCGUACCACUAGCCCAGGUUGCCUGGUCACUCCUCUGCGAUCUAUACCAGCACCCGGUAUGCCUGAAGCACCCAUCGCAGCAUGUUGCAGUGGCCAUCCUACAGCUUGCCUUGCUGGUGUAUGAUAUCAAGGUGCCCUAUAGUGAAGACAGUGUGCUCACCUGGUAUGAGACGUUUUGCGAUAGCCUGUCCAAGGAGAAGCUCGCUGAUGUCAUGAUUGACGUCAUCCAGGCGUACGAAGUGGAGGCAACGUGACGUCGCAGAAGCUUGCCCUCUCAUCCUCAAACAUAAAUGUAGCGCUCAUUUAUGUACAAAGUUUGGUUCUUUCGUUUUUAUUUUGUCAUCUCAGUUUCAUUAUAAGUACUUCUGUAAUGGAAAAUAAAAGCUGUCAUGUUGUGCGUGAUGAAAACAGA